AUGAUGCACCUGGUUCCCUGCAAAGAAACUUCUACUGCUAAGGAUGUCGCUCAGAUGUUCUUGGAGCAUGUUUGGAAGCUACAUGGCACUCCCAAGCGCACUGUGUCUGACAGAGGGACUACAUUCAACAAGUUCCUCAAGGCACUCUACAAAUCUCUGCAAAUCACUCCUAGUUUCUCUACUGCUUAUCACCCACAAACUGAUGGGCAAACUGAGAUCAAGAAUCAAUGGCUGGAGGCUUACCUACCUCCCUUCAUUAAUCAUUGUCAGUCUGAUUGGGUUGUUUGGCUCCCACUGGCUGAAUUUGCUCACAACAAUGCCAGAAGCAAAGCAACCGGCAAAUUGCCCUUUGAGAUUGUGUAUGGACGUUCUCCUGUCAUUUCACCACUCCUGGAGCCCACUGGGUCGCCCAUUGCUGAUGACAGAGCCAAGCAACUGGCUGAGACUAUUCAGGAAGUACAGGCAUCAAUCAAAUGGGCUCAGGAGCGCUACAAACAGGCAGACACAGGGAAACCACCUCUUGAGUUUCAACCAGGAGACAAAGUUAGGCUUCUGGCUUUGAAUAUCACGUUACAGCGCCCCAACAAAAAGCCAGACCAUAGGCAGUAUUGCCCUUUCCCUGUCAUAGAAAGAGUGGGCUCUCACGCCUAUUGCCUGUCUCUCCCUGAGACCAUGAAGAUCCAUGAUGUGUUCCAUCAGAAUGAGAAGAAGAGUAUGAAGGUCAGAUGGAAGGGAUAUGCACCCCAUGAGGACACAUGGGAACCAGCCAAGGAUCCACAGCAUUGCAAGGACAAAUUGCGCAACUUCUUUCCUAAUUAUCCGGAUGCCCCGGCCGCUGACAAUGCCAUCCCUGCAAACGCGCGCAAAGUUAAAAGAGGCAAGAUGGUCAAGCAACUCAGCAAGUCCAAAACUGCCCGCUUUGCUACUUCAUAA